AGCCUAGACAGGCUACAACACACGCAACAGGAGUUCAUACGCCAGCCGUUUUGUUCUGCUGCUCACACCCCUCAUCUUGUUCUAGUUGUGUACAUCAAAAUCCCACCUUUAUUUUUGCCGAGUUCGCUUGCUGCUGCAGAUGCAUGUAUCAAAGCUCGAACAUAUUUAGUAGUUUGUGAAAGAACGAGAGUUUAUUGAACCUGGGCACCGUUUGUUUACAUAGAAAUUGCCGAAUAGUAUUCCUCUAAUUUACUUUCUCUCUCUAAACCCGCCUUUCGAUUUGCAUUCAAACAAAACGAACCAACACGCCGAUAGUACGAUACUUCUUUCAUAACUCUCUCUCUCUCCGUGACCCACCCUCUCGCUUUUCUCUCUGAACCCACCGCCAUAACCCUAAGGCUGUGUCGUUGCCAUGGAAGACGAAGACCCAGUAACACUUUUCUUGAGUCUUGAUAACUGGCAAGAACCUCAGCCGGACCCAGACGACCUUUUACUCUCCCAUGAUUCGCAGUCCCAAUCUUCCACCGAAACCUACAUGGUCGGCUUCGUAAUCGCCAAUAUAGUGGGAAUCCAAUACUACUCCGGCACCAUCACUGGCCGCGAGAUGGUGGGUCUUGUCCGCGAGUCCCUCAACCCCUACGACUCUAAUGCCAUCAAGGUCCUCAACACCCGCUCCGUCCAAGUCGGCCACAUCGAGCGCUCCGUCGCCGCCGUUCUAUCGCCCAUGAUAGACUCUCGUAUGAUUAUUGUCGAAGCCAUCGUGCCUAAUACUCGUGCGGCUGGUAAUAGGCACAGGAUUCCUUGUCAAAUUCAUAUAUUCUCCAGAGUUGAGGCGAUCGAAACCGUUAAAUCGUCGAUUUCGCGUGGUGGGUUGCACUUGAUUUCUGAUUCCGACGCGUCGUUUACACUAUCCGAGGCCAUGGUGGUGAAGGAGAAGAAGAAGGAUGGGAAUGAAUUCAAGAGUGUAGAUGAGAUUUUCAAGCUUGUUGAUGAGAAUGUGAACAAGAAGGGUGCGCUGGAAGCGUUGGAACCGCCUAAAGACGUGAUUAAAUCGGAGCUCUUUGUGCAUCAGAAGGAGGGGCUGGGGUGGUUGAUUCAUAGGGAGAAUUCUGAUGAAUUACCACCCUUUUGGGAGGAGAAAGACGGGUCUUAUGUGAAUGUUUUGACCAACUACCAUACUGUUAUGCGGCCGGAGCCUUUGCGAGGUGGGAUUUUUGCAGACGACAUGGGGUUGGGUAAGACUCUAACUUUGCUAUCUUUGAUUGCUUUUGAUAAAUGUGGUAGUACCCCUGCUUCUGCAUUUCAUAGUGCUAGUGUAGAUGUAGAAAACUUAGAUGAAAUGGGUGACGAGGAUGCUGGUAAUAAGGGUAAGAGGGGAAGAACUAGUAAGAAGAGUUGUGCUGGGUCGAGGAAAAAACGCAAAAUUGAUGAGGCGAGAUUGGAUGGCCAUGUGAAAGGAAAGUCUGUUCGUCUUUGUGACAAGUCUUCCAGUGAUUUUGAAAGCAAGACAACUCUGAUUGUGUGCCCACCUUCCGUGUUUUCAACAUGGGUAACUCAACUAGGAGAGCAUACUAGACCUGGAAAGUUGAAGGUGUACAUGUACUAUGGGGAUCGGACAAAUGAGGUUGAGGAGCUCAAAACUUAUGAUAUAGUGUUGACAACAUAUAGUACCUUGGCUACUGAACAUCAUUGGUCAAACUCCCCUAUGAAGAAGGUUGAGUGGUGGAGAGUUAUUUUAGAUGAGGCACACUUGAUAAAGAACGUGAAUGCCAAACAAAGUCGAGCAGUCACCGAUUUGAUGGCUAAGCGGAGGUGGGUUGUUACAGGAACGCCAAUUCAGAAUGGCUCAUUUGAUUUGUUUUCUUUGAUGGCAUUCCUGAGGUUUGAGCCAUUUUCAAUUAAGAGUUAUUGGCAAAGUUUGGUACAGCGUCCACUUGCUCAGGGAAACCAAAAAGGCCUUUCACGUCUGCAGGUUUUAAUGGCAACAAUUUCUUUGCGAAGAACAAAAGAGAAGGGACUGAUUGGGUUGCCACCAAAAACUAUAGAGACUUGUUAUGUGGAGCUUUCUAGAGAAGAACGUGAACUGUAUGAUAAGAUGGAAGGGGAAGCUCAAAGUGUUUUCCGGGAUUAUGUUGAUGCUGGUAGUCUAAUGCGCAACUACUCAGCGGUGCUUAGUAUACUCCUCCGACUUCGCCAGAUAUGUAUUGAUUUGGCCCUCUGCCCCUCUGAUCUCAAAACACUACUUCCUUCCCACAGUAUUGAAGAUGUAUCCAAUGACCCCGAGUUGCUGAAAAAGAUGGUUGAGGUGCUACAAGAUGGUGAAGAUUUUGACUGUCCAAUAUGCAUUUCACCACCAACUAAUAUUGUUAUUACACGUUGUGCUCAUGUUUAUUGCCACGCGUGUAUUUUGAGAACCCUUCAUCACAAAUCCUGCUGCCCUCUUUGUCGCCGUCCCUUGACACAGUCUGACCUGUUCACAGCCCCUCCAGAAGCUUCUGACAGUGAUGACAGUCAAGUAUCCUCUUCAAAAACAACCACAUCUUCCAAAGUGUCUACUCUUUUAAAACUUCUUGUGGAAUCGAGGGAUCAAAACCCAGCUACAAAAUCAGUAAUAUUUUCGCAGUUCCGUAAGAUGUUGAUCUUACUUGAAACACCACUAAAAGCUGCUGGUUUCAAGAUUUUGCGCUUAGAUGGAUCUAUGAAUGCAAAGAAAAGGGCUCAGAUAAUUAAAGAAUUUGGAGUCCCUGGAGAGGAUGGGCCCACAGUAUUACUUGCUAGUCUCAAGGCUUCAGGAACAGGUAUUAACCUCACAGCUGCUUCUAGAGUCUACUUAUUGGAGCCAUGGUGGAAUCCGGCAGUCGAGGAUCAGGCAAUGGAUCGGGUCCACCGGAUCGGGCAAGAGGAGAAAGUGAAGAUUGUGAGGUUGAUUGCUCGAAACAGCAUCGAAGAGAGGAUAUUAGAGUUGCAAGAGAAGAAGAAGAAACUUGCAAGGGAAGCUUUUGGAGGUAGGGGGCCAAAGGAUAGGAGGGAGAUUGGUUUAGAAGAUCUUCGUACCCUAAUGUCUCUGUGAGCUCUCCUUUUUAACUCUUAGAAUGUACAUGUAUGUGCACAAAUAUUACACUCCCAAGUGCACAUGUACAUAUUUUGUACGCCCCUCCCUGCAAAAUAGAAGUCAUGCAUGCUUCUGUAUACACAGGCAAAUCUAGCGUGGAUACCGGAUACACAAAUCUUUAACAUAGAUCUACAGAUUUUUUGGCCGGAGUUGCCGAUGGUGGUUUUGACAAACUUUAGGUGCUAAGGAGAAAUGGCGAUCGGAAAUUGCUAGUUUAAAUUC